ACUGGAUCAGGCUCGCCUGUUGUUCAAGUAACUCUGCCAAUGGGUGCGUACAAGUAUUUAGAAGAGCUGUGGAAACACAAGCAGUCGGACGUGCUGCGCUUUCUUCUCCGCGUUCGAUGUUGGCAGUAUCGUCAGCUAUCAUCAAUCCAUCGGUGUCCUCGGCCAACUCGGCCGGACAAAGCUCGCCGUCUCGGCUACAAGGCGAAACAAGGAUUCGUCAUCUACAGAGUGAGAGUGAGACGUGGAGGACGCAAACGACCUGUCAGGAAGGGAGCGACCAUGGGCAAGCCGACCAACCAGGGAGUUAAUCAACUUAAAUUCCAACGCAGUUUGAAGUCUGUCGCUGAGGAGCGUGUUGGUCGUGUGUGUGGCAACUUACGAGUGCUGAAUUCCUAUUGGGUUGCGGAGGACUCAACAUACAAAUUCUACGAAGUCAUCCUCGUUGAUCCGUUUCAUAAGGCGGUUCGUCGGGAUCCACGUAUCAAUUGGAUUUCUAAUCCUGUACACAAACAUCGGGAGCUUCGUGGCCUCACGGCGACCGGACGAAAGAAUCGCGGCAUGAAGAAGGGCCAUCUGUACAACAAGAUGCAGGGAAGUUCGAGGCGUGGUAACUGGCUGAGGCGCAAUGUUGUUAAGUUUAGACGCUAUCGUUAGAGUACACCUGCCGGGUUGGCAUUUCUGUUGAAUAAAACAUUGUCAA